AUCAACGCUCUUCUCUUCUCUUCCUUCUCCUAUCCCUCUCCCCACCGUCUUGCUCGCUGGCUUUCCAUCGUAGGCUGUCUCGCCUAACAUUCUCAUCGGGGCGUCUUUUUGGAAUUUGACUGAGCAGAGCGGCCUGCUCGCCGUACCUCUAUCUUCGCCGGCUUUUGGAAAAGAUUGGAUAGCCCAUUUCUUUACGGAGCGACCUUUCCCCAGCACGUCCUUGGAACCAUCUACAUCAACGCAUACUUUCCUUCCUCUUCCCUCCUCCGCACCCCGCUCAAUUCCGGUGGGUACGGCCAUCGUCUUGCCAACGUACGCGCUGUACAGCCGUCGCUAUCAUGUCGAGCCCUCUCAUCAUCACCGAGCGGGAUAAGAACAUUGGUGGUCGAGCCAGUGGGGCUGUCGGUAUGUCUGAUGCUUCUUCGGGUCGCCCAAAAGCUCCACGGGCCUCCUCGACGGGCAACACUCUCCUCUUCAGGUCAAACGAACCACUCCCAUUGGCGCCGGGCGUACACUCUAUGCUCCGGACGUCCACAGAAAUGGGAAGCGUCGGUGGCCUCACCUCGGAGUUUUACGCUAUGCCAGCCGUGAACCAGAGGCCGCGGAGGGCGGGUGCUACCUCGCGCACCUCGAUGGCAUCUUCUCACUCUGGUUACUCAAACCGUCUGUCGCAGCCACAAAAUUCAUCAUGGCGCCGCUCCCAGUCACGUCAGUCACGAGAAAACAACGUGCCUCAAUACCUCCCUGACACUCUGUCGCCCACCGUGGUGAACAUCGCUGGCUCCUCCCCUUUGAUUCCAACAUUACGAAAGAAUCGAGAUGGUCCCCGAAGCUUGUCCAUGACCGCUACUCUGUCAUCUGGAACGCAUCCUCGACCAUCCCAGCAUUAUUCCGUCAUCAGCGCCCGCAGCUAUGACCUGAUACGCCCAUCCCAGCAGCGAUCCGAAUCCCCGGGUAUGCAACAGUCACUCAGGGUGCAGAUGCGUAGUAGCAGAACGCCUUCUCCAGCUCUGAGCGAUAUCAUGGGUCAGCAACAGCCUCUCUCUCGUUCCAAUCAUCGCCAUCGCUCUUAUGGCCCGCCAUUCCAUGGGCAGCCUCGACAUGGACAACAGCCUGACAGCUUCCAAGGUGGCUUGGAUAGCGGCUAUCAUCGAACGGCCCCAGCAUCGCGUUCGAGUUCCAGUACACCAGUAUAUAUUGGUGAUGUGGGUGCAGGAAUGACUCCAGUGCCUCUCCUUCCCAUCAUACCCCCCUUGCCACCGUACCGGCAUCCCAUGCUUGUACCGAGGGGUACUUCUCAGAGAUCUCGUCGUUCGAAUGGUUCCACCUCUCAACGAUCGGGCCAGCAGUCUUUUUCUAGCCAAUCGACGAAUCAACGUCUCGAUUCUGAGGGCCCUUCAUCGGAUGCUGCAUCUCCCCCAACGCCCCCCGAUAAUCAAGCAAGUAAUCGCUUGAUCAGGCCUCUGAGUAUACUUCAUUCUUCGGCCCAGGAAAAGGCAACGCAGCAGAGGAAGCAGCCCCUCUUCUACGAUGGUAGCGAAGCAUUCGAAGCAUUAGGGCUGGAUGCUAUCUCUCAUGAACCGACAAUUAUGGAAGAACAAGUUAACAAUAGGCCCAUGGUAGAGGGGAGCGACGUCACUAUUAGUAAAUCUAGUGCUGAGAUGGUCGCAACAAACGAACUGGAAGUGGCUGAGCUUCCGGUAUCGCCUGUUCCCCAUCGACUUACACGAGACCUCGUCAAGUCAUACCUGGGCUCUCAGUCGACUACAGGGAACUUUGAUUCGUCCCUCAAGUUACCAGAGACGACCAGUCAAUACGUCGGACAAACGAGUAAUAUCUUAGAGAUGGAGUCAUCCCCCGUAGAUCUGUCUACCACCCCCCAUUCUCCUUCAGAACGCUCCAUCAACCGUUUCAAUAUGCCUUCCCAAGCUGGUACUAGUGUAAAAGAUUCGCCAGCGCUCAAGUUUGUCAUGGAAAGCGCCAUCCCCAUGGUAGUUGAGAAGGGCAUUCCAAUGGAUACUAGUCAAGACAACGAAGAUGAGCUAGCUGAGGGCUCCAGCACUCGAUCACCUACCGAAGACGGAAUGUCAGAUCUUCUGGACGGUUAUGAGUAUACCGACGCUAAAACAGAAGGCGUAUCUACGAAUGGGAGUGCUGCCGGAGUGAAUGGGCCUGCCGAGAAAAGCAGCAUCCACGUUACCAGAUCUUCCGAUGAUGACGAGCAGUCUUUCAAGUCUUGCGCAUAUGUUCCAGCCCCCAAUGAAAAAUCUGAUAAAAACUCGAGUCGAAACUCUAGUGAGUCUAAUGAUGACCUCCCGCGGUCCAGGACCUUUCGCGUAGGUACCAGCGCUGGCUCUUUCCCAACCUGCGACAAAGCUACCACCCCAGAUCGAAUGAAUUGUAUUCCAGCUGCGGUGGAUGUAUCCUACCGGACUAUCAAUUCAAUCGCCCUGCAACCCGACAUCAGGAGUUCCUUUCCACAACCUCCCGCCGGUGUGCCCUCAGUGAUGAGACAAAAUAAGCAUACUGUCCCCCAUUCGACCCUAACAGGCCUGCAAUCUACGAAUAGACGGCAGUCCUUUUCCCAUCCGCCCGAAAAGUCCAGUAGUGCCCCGUUGUUGGAGAACGGGAAUGAUCAGUCGCCAAUUAUACCACCGAGGCAAUCAAGUUCCAAAUUGAUAGCAUCUCUGUUCUUCCGCCCUUUUAGGAACCGGCGCAGUAGAACAAGUUCGGAUAUGAGUCAAACAUUCAACGAGGAUUUACUUACCAACACUAAAUUGUUGCAAGAAGGAUGUCUCGAGAUUCCUACACCACCACCGCUACGAGAUCGACAAACAUCAUUGAGCAUUUCUUCAGCGUUGGGAUUUCGACGAGAUACCGAGAAAAGGAAGGCACGCGGCGUGGAGCAUGGAUCGAACGUUUCCGAGCCCGGCAAUGCUAGCCGCGUACUUUCGCAUAGAUUAUUCAACACCCUUCCUCCGACUCAGCAGUCUUCGGCGUCGUCCCCGCACAAUAACACUCCUUUUGAUCUUUUGCUGCAGACAUCCGACCAAGGCCAGCGCAAUAGCCAGUCCACAACCCAUAUAAGUUUGCCCAUCAUCCUACCCGAUCAGCCUUCAAUCAACGUACGCGACUUCCCCCAGAGGGGAAUCUCAGGCAAAGAGAAAUCAACCACAGACUUGGCGAAGCCCGAGCAAGACUUUGAGUACUUUUCAAAACAUCAGUCUUAUAAUCUAUCUGGUUCAAAAGAAGAUAUGAGUGACAACUCAGGCUUAGAUACCAGCGCAGAUAACCUGAAGCGUUCAAGUCUUUAUAUUAGCUAUGGCGGCAGUCCGCAAGAUGCUCGGUCGGCUCGGUGCUCGACGGAAAACGCUGCCGUGUUUGUUCAGGAGUUUAUUACGCAGCCCACGACAGAACUUGAAGUAGCUCGCGCCCUACCCUCGCUGAAUUUUACUGAGAAUGACAUGAUCAAAGAUAUUCUUGACACUUGCCGCUCCUCCAGCUCCAAUCGUGCUUCUGAGACAGCAGAGAUGCAGCUUUCGGUCGGUUCUGAGCCUCAAAAGGAAGAUAUAGCACCUAAGAAGAAAUGCCCGAGCCUGUUUGACCCGUCAACAGGGAACAUAACGCUGUCUGAGCAGACCACAAUGUCCACACAGACCACGGCAGAUGACAAAAAGCGAAACUUGUCACCAUUGCUUAUAAAGGCAAUUGAAGAGCUCAACAUUCCAAACACACAAGAACUAGAUGAUCGUUUUUCUGAGUAUAUGGUCACCGAACAUGCAGACGGCAGGGGUGGGCUGGCGUAUGAUGAGAACGUGAUCGAGAGCGCGAUUGACGAGAUCCAUGAGGUUGGGGGCGAACCUAGUAACAAGGCGUCCAAGGCAAGACUGCGAGCGGUUCCUGGGUCUCCAGAGAUGGUGGUGAUUGAUGAUCAAGUGUACGAGACUAUCACGAGCAGUGCUGUGCUGAGCAGCACUAAAGGAGGAGGAGCACGUGACGUUGCCCUGCCCACGACAACCAACACAACGACACCAUUACGUCCACCAUCUGCUUCUCUUUCCUCACCUCUCUCACUGAAUUUUGAAGAUGAAGAAUCAUUUCCUCUACGCGAUUCACUGAGCUCUUUUCAUUCCGCAGGUAGUAGCAGUCGAAGCACUUCCAGUGCCAAGGCUCGCCCUUGGAACUCAAGCCAGAAUUACCCUUGGGCAGAUACCCCUUCCUUUGACAUUGUACUUCCUGCUGUCAUAUCUCCAAAGUCUUUCCCGCGACCUGGCCCUUCUCAUCUCCGCUACAGCUCUUACGCAUCAUCCAGCACUCCAGCACCCAACACAGCUGCCCCCAGCCCGCUGCCGCUAUCUGUUUCUCCGCCACUUGACUGUGACGGUUCAUUUGGAACUCACUCGCGUGAAAAGCUCCGUCUGCACAGUCGUAGCUGGUCCAACCGUGCGAUCCGGAGUAGGGGCACCGACAUCCUUCCAACGAUCAACGAGACAUCUUGGCCACCUGGCGGCGGUCAUUUGCAAGACGCAAACGUCACUCAUGUAGUAGGCGGACGUUAUCCUACCAGCUCUCUACCAUUACCUGAUGACUUUCAUCUACCAGCGCACGACGUGGAUGGUUCGCUUUAUACUUCUGACGACGAGCCCGGACCCCCCUUAAAACGGCAAAGCCGUUCAGACAAAAAGAGAUUGCGACACGAUGUAAAGAGCCAUCUUCAAGAGCAGCUUCAGUACGGUAUUGGGCAACCGUCAGAACUCCCAGCACGCAGGAACCGCAACACCUUUACCGGCGUCGAGGGCAUGUCCAAAUCUACCUACCGCCUCAAAAGCGCAGUAAACAAGAUCAAGGAUUUUGGUCGCAAGGUUGCUCACAGAAUUCGCAAUCUGAGUCCAAGGAAAACCGAAGCCGACUUGCGGAAAUCACAAAUACUUUCUGUCACCAACCGGGCAGAUCCCCGCUGCUCUAGUCGCAAUUGAUUACGGGGGUCACAAUCUGCCAUGAUCAAUUUUAUCCAGAAGUAUCUCAAAAUUGAUUAGCCGAUAAUGUUUACCAUGACGUCCAAGGAAAGGUUGUAAAUCGCAAAUACUCCUGGUUCGAAGUGUCUGGCACGAAAAGCGUGCCAUUUACAAAACCAGAAAAGUCUUCGAAAAUAAGUCCUUGUCAAUAACUACGUCUCCGAUUCUACGGAUUCUGCAUUGGUCUCUGCUUCUCCCGAUUGGAAAGGCGUCAGAGUGGCUUCCCCCUUGAUUAGUAUUCGGCGGAAAUAACUUGUUGAUAUCUUGCCCCGACCCAAAGUUCUACACUGGAUGUCUGGUUUUGCUUGCCCGUAACAAGAGUCUCAAUUCGCCAUACAAUUCUUUACGACUAAUUUCGACUCAGUCUUGUGUACUACCCGAGAACCUUUUACCGCGUAUACGUAUCCGGCUCUCCGAUCUUCAUAUGCUGUUACAUUCUCUCGGCAGCGUGUCUCCAAGUGGGUCUUCUUAUCCUUUGCAUGUCUGAUGGAAAUGGGGUACAUUCCUGGUCAUAGGAGGCUUUGUCUGAUUCGUUCUAGAUCAUCACCCUGUCUCUCUGGUUAUGUUUCGUUGCUUCAACAGAUUCAGAUGGCCGCCGUUGGAUUGGAAGCUCAUCAC